AUGUCUUUGUACCUGAACAGAAUCAAAAGACAAUGUUGCGCAGCGUGUACAACGGACAACUGUUCUUGUGGUGGAUGUCCAGGUCAACAGAAACAGGUUUUCUGUCCUCAACACUGCCAACCGUUAUGCACGAACUCAUGCGUGAUGAACGUAGUAACCUGUCCGGACCGGUGCCAGCCACAUUGCACAAAUGCAUGCUUAAUGAAUCCACAACCAUCACUACCAUCAAUGCCUCAAUGCUCUGCACAGUGUAUGCCCCGAUGUGAGGCGUCCUGCAUCAGUGCUCCUAUGAUUGCUCAGCCGACAUGUGAGCCUCGCUGCAUGCCAACGUGCUCACCGCAAUGUCUCCAAGUAGUUCGAGUACAAACGAAGUGUGUUCAAGCAUGUAUGCCAAUGUGCCAGCCGUCUUGCGUCCAAGCUAUGGAAAUUCAGCAGGUGACAACAUGCAUGGAACCAUGCAUGCCUUCGUGUGAAACGUCGUGUAUUCAGGCUGUCGCAUGCAGCUCGUGCACGAAUAACUGCCCAUCCGUUUGCGGACAGCCUGUUUGUGCGCAAGCUUGCAUGCCACGUUGUCUCCCGAUGUGUAUUCAGGCCGUCCAGAUGCAACCUCGCCCGCCUCCACCUCCACCUCCAAUGACUCCGUGUACGCCUGGAUGUAUGCCUUCGUGUUCUCCUCUUUGUGUACAACAAACCUGCCCACCACAAUGUCUACCAACAUGCAGUCCUUCAUGCAUGCAGCAGUUCGCCUCGCAACUGUCACCGAUUCGAUCGUGUGCAGCUGAAUGCAUGCCAACCUGUGAGACCACAUGUUUGGCUCAGGUAACAUGCACACCGACAUGCAUGCCGGCAUGUGCGCCGUCAUGCGUCGCUCUGCAACCAGCUCCGCCUCCAGCAGCGCCUUUUCCACCACCUGCGAUCGCUGCGCCCACAUGUGUAGCGCCAUGUAUGCCAUCGUGUAAUCCAACGUGCAUACAGCAAGUACAAACACCACAAAUUGCUGUUCCAUGUGGAAAUCCGUGCACAUGUCAACCCGGCUACGUACAAUGCUCCGAAAAUAUGUGUUGUAUGAAGUACACGAAUAUGGCUGCUAAGUUCCGAAGGCUAAAAGCAGCUUCGAAACAUAACAAUCAUGCCAAGAUUUCGGACUUCCAAGACAGCCCAAACGAUACGAAAUCAUAA